GGUUCUCGUAAGACCCACUGUUGUGUGAAAGGCAGAUCUUGCUUCUCUCAGCUACUAUUUAGUCUGAGAUUUCCUGCAUUUCCUCAUCAUUAAGGAUCAGACUUAGAAAAAAGAUUAUCGCUCUCCUUUGUUGCUGUUUUUCUAAUUAAAAUUUACUGGUGGAAUUUCUGAAGAUGGAAAAAGGAACCCAACCACAGGAUAUGGCUCCACCCUACCCUGGCCCUCCAAUGAAUUAUGGCGGUAUAGCACCUCAAUCAGGCUUCCCAGCUCAACCAGGCUUCCCAGCUCAACCAGGCUUCCCAGCUCAACCAGGCUUCCCAGCUCAACCAGGCUUCCCAGCUCAACCAGGCUUCUCCGCUCCUCCUGCUGGAUACCAGGGAGGUGUUGCAUUUGCUCCAGCUGUAGCUGCACCUGCAGUGUCUCACGUAGUAGUUGCUCCAACAUUAGGAGACGUUCCUGGUCAGACUUUGUGUCCUCACUGUCAGCAAACUGUGAUCACCCAGACAGAGCACAUGCCAGGAUUGUUGGCCUGGGCUAUUUGUGGAGGAAUGACCAUCCUGGGAUGCUGGCUUUGCUGUUGUAUCCCGUUCUGCCUCGACUCCUGUAAAGAUGUGGAGCAUCGUUGUCCAAACUGCCAACACGUCCUCUACAUAUACAAACGGAUGUGAAAUCACAAAAAGAAAUAAAAAUCAUUGCGAUCCUCUUCCUUUACUUUAUAAAUACAAAUAAUAAUAUAUGUUAAGUCCAAAGAGAUACAGAUUGCACUUGAAUAUGUGAUUAGGUAUUUUAAAAGAAGUUAGGAUUAGGCAAUCAAAGGAAAUUUUGCUUUAAAUUCUUCAGUAAAAUAAUUGUUUGCUUUCA